AGCAACAGACAGGCAGCUAGUCAGUUGCAGGUAUCAGCCCAGUCGAGUUGCCGGGCCGCACCUACCUUGGAUUGAAUACCAGCCGUGUUCGAUAGACUGUCUCUGCUGCUGGCAGUAUGGUUCUCAGGAUGGAGAGUGUACCAACCGACCUGACCCCUGAAGAGUGUCAAGAAUUGGAGAACAUCCGUCGGCGGAAACAGGAGCUGCUGGCAGACAUACAGCGUCUGAAAGAUGAGAUAGCAGAAGUCACUAAUGAAAUUGAGAACCUGGGCUCCACAGAAGAGAGGAAAAACAUGCAGAGAAACAAGCAAGUGGCAAUGGGCAGGAAGAAAUUCAACAUGGAUCCUAAGAAGGGAAUUCAGUUCCUCAUAGAGAAUGACCUUUUGAAGAAUACCUGUGAAGACAUUGCUCAGUUCCUCUACAAGGGGGAAGGACUCAACAAGACUGCCAUUGGUGACUACCUGGGGGAAAGAGAUGAGUUUAAUAUCCAAGUAUUACAUUCUUUUGUGGAGCUGCACGAGUUUACAGAUCUCAACCUUGUACAGGCACUGCGGCAAUUCCUUUGGAGCUUUCGGUUGCCAGGUGAAGCGCAGAAAAUUGACCGGAUGAUGGAAGCAUUUGCACAACGGUACUGUCAAUGCAACCCUGGUGUGUUUCAAUCAACAGAUACCUGUUAUGUACUUUCCUUUGCCAUUAUCAUGCUGAAUACCAGUUUGCAUAAUCCCAACGUGAAGGACAAGCCCACCGUGGAGCGCUUCAUCGCUAUGAACCGUGGCAUCAAUGAUGGCGGAGACCUGCCUGAGGAAUUACUCAGGGUGAGUUUUGGAAUUCAGUUCCUCAUAGAGAAUGACCUUUUGAAGAAUACCUGUGAAGACAUUGCCCAGUUCCUCUACAAGGGGGAAGGACUCAACAAGACUGCCAUUGGUGACUACCUGGGGGAAAGAGAUGAGUUUAAUAUCCAAGUAUUACAUUCUUUUGUGGAGCUGCACGAGUUUACAGAUCUCAACCUUGUACAGGCACUGCGGCAAUUCCUUUGGAGCUUUCGGUUGCCAGGUGAAGCGCAGAAAAUUGACCGGAUGAUGGAAGCAUUUGCACAACGGUACUGUCAAUGCAACCCUGGUGUGUUUCAAUCAACAGGUAAGUGA